AAAGGUUCUUUAUUAAAUUUGUGACGCAUUCUACGCAGUGACAAUAUACAUAAGCAAACUCGUCUCGAACAAAGUUGCAUUAGACGCGGGGUCUCCGACUGCUAAACUUUGAUCAGAAAACAUCCUACAUUAUAAUCAACGAGCCUAACGCACAAAGAAACUUCAACGUGAAAAUCUUCAAGAAUUCGGGAAAGUUUCAAAGCAUAAUGUGGCGCGUUCUCUAUUGUAUUGCUCUCGCGUUUGUCGGAAUAAACUUGAGCAAAGGAAGCCGAAUCAAAGUUGUUGAAAAAGUGGUCGUCAAUGUCAACAGCACAAAACCACGUGUUCUGGAGGAGACCAUUACAUUUGGCUCACAAGAGGACAAGUCUUCAUCGAGCAGCGGAAGUAGCGACUGGAAGGUUAUCAACAUAAAGUUUUCAAGCCGAAAACGAGGGAAACAAAACCCGAGCGUUUUGACGACUGUUCAAAAGCUGAAGAAAAAAUCUCGAAAGCAUCAUCACCAUCGUUUGCGUAGGAAGUGUUGCACUGCCGGAGAACUGAUGGCAAAACAUGGUAUGAGUUGCUUAAUCCCGAGAUUUUUCCGAUUCCAGUUUUUCAAUUUGGUCACCAGUACUCGCCAAAAAUAUCAGAGUACAUCGAGUGAUACAUUUCGUGGCCGAUUCCGAUCGAAGAGAAUCAAGCGUAUUUUCAGAGAAACAAACCAUUGUGUCAAACGCUCGAAGAAAGGCAUUGUGCAAAAGUGUUGCUUUGCAUACAAGGUGAAGAUGCGAAACCGUUGGGGUAAUUGAGGAUCGCGUAGGGAUUCGUUUUGAUGAAGAGGGUUGCCUCUGUCGAGUAUUUGUAUAUAAUAGAUUUGUAAUACGGCGAUAUUGAACGUGAUUGGUAUGAAUUUUUGUUAUAAAUGUUUGAAAUUGAAUAUGGUACUUUGUUGAUUUUAAAACUGUAAGGACAUCAGAUUUGUAAAUAAUUAAAGAAUUUUAGUUCGUUUUUGUUGUUAUGCCGAGCAUUGUAUUGAUGCAUUGGCUAGCCACGUUUGUAGAAAACUUGUUGUUUUUUUAGUAUAUAAAAUCAUUAAUCUCAAGAAA